AUGAGUAUAAAGGGAUCUUUGGCCUCCCCUCUGGCUGGUACCACCUCGACCGCCACCACUGCCGCCGCCUCCACCCCCACCACCGCCACCACCGCCGCCACCACCACCGCCUCCACCACUCCCACUGCCGCCACCACCGCCGCCACCUGCCCCUCCACCCUCACCACUACUAGCUCCUCCACCGCCGCCCCCUCCACCUCCUCCACUGCCCCCACCACCACCUCCACCUCUGCCACCCCCACCGCUCCUCCCUCCCCUGCCCCUGCCACUGCGGCGCCUCCCACUAGGGGUAAACGCAGCUCCUACCUCCUCAGCACGAAGGUAGUCAACAGCUGCAGCUGA